CGGGGACGGAGUGUGGCCGCCGCUCUCUUUUCCCGGCUCCCGGGCGGCCGCUCCGGCCCUUCCGGGCGGCGCCGCAGCCUCAUCCCGCGCCACACGCAGAUGUGGGAAGACAAAUGAAGGGAUUUAGGAGCCAAGUAAAUGUCAUUGGGAAGGAGAGCUACCAUCACUAAGCGCUGAACACGAGCAAACUCAUUUUCAGAGUUAAAAAAAUAUUUAAAAAAACAAGAUGGGGACUCCUGGCUCUGGAAGGAAAAGGACACCAGUGAAAGAUCGAUUUUCUGCAGAAGAUGAAGCUUUGAGUAACAUCGCCAGAGAGGCAGAAGCAAGGCUGGCAGCGAAGCGGGCCGCCAGGGCAGAAGCACGAGAUAUUCGCAUGAGGGAACUGGAGCGGCAGCAGAGAGAGUUGGAUGAAAAAUCUGACAAACAGUAUGCUGAAAAUUACACAAGACCUUCAUCUCGAAAUUCUGCCUCAGCAACAACACCUCUAAGCGGAAACUCGUCCAGACGGGGUAGCGGGGACACCAGCAGCUUAAUAGACCCAGACACCUCGUUAAGUGAGCUGCGGGACAUCUAUGACCUGAAGGACCAGAUACAUGAUGUAGAAGGGAGAUACAUGCAGGGCCUUAAGGAACUGAAGGAGUCUCUGUCUGAAGUAGAAGAGAAAUACAAGAAAGCCAUGGUGUCCAAUGCCCAGCUAGACAACGAGAAGAACAACCUGAUCUACCAGGUGGACACCCUCAAGGACGUCAUCGAAGAGCAGGAGGAGCAGAUGGCAGAGUUUUACAGAGAGAACGAAGAGAAAUCUAAGGAAUUGGAAAGGCAGAAACACAUGUGCAGCGUGCUGCAGCAUAAGAUGGAUGAACUCAAAGAAGGCCUUCGGCAGAGGGACGAGCUCAUCGAGGCCCUAGAAAAACAGAAAGAACACAUUGCCUGCCUCAGGAAUGAGCGAGAUGUGCUCAGAGAGGAGUUGGCUGGCCUGCAGCAGACAGUGAAGACAGCGGAGAAACAUGGCUUAGUUAUAAUCCCAGACAGCACUCCCAAUGGUGAUGUCAAUCAUGAACCUGUGGUUGGAGCCAUUACUGCAGUGUCUCAGGAAGCUGCUCAGGUCUUGGAGUCAGCGGGAGAAGGGCCACUAGAUGUGAGGCUACGAAAGCUUGCUGGAGAAAAGGACGAACUCCUAUCACAGAUUAGAAAACUGAAACUGCAGUUAGAGGAAGAACGGCAGAAGUGUUCCAGGAAUGACGGCAUGUCCGCGGACCUGGCGGGACUGCAGAACGGCUCAGACUUGCAGUUCAUCGAGAUGCAGAGAGAUGCCAAUAGGCAAAUUAGUGAAUACAAAUUCAAGCUUUCGAAAGCAGAACAAGACAUAGCUACCUUGGAACAAAGUAUCAGCCGGCUUGAGGGGCAGGUGCUGAGGUACAAAACCGCUGCUGAGAACGCUGAGAAGAUUGAAGAUGAGCUGAAAGCAGAAAGGAGGAAGCUACAGCGAGAGCUACGGACAGCACAGGACAAGAUUGAGGAGAUGGAGAUGACCAACAGCCACCUGGCUAAGCGGCUAGAGAAGAUGAAGGCCAACAGGACAGCCCUUCUAGCCCAGCAGUAGGAGGCAGCCCUUCUACCUGGGUGCUGCUCUGAGGGCCUUGCCGGGAGAUAGUGACUCUUUUGUACAUUGACACAAACCCCUUCAAGUACUGUUUUGAGUCUUGUCAUUAAACAGCCACCUUUGUAUUUUAUAAUUUAUGAGAAUGAAGCAGGUUUAAUCGUUA